CUGAAGGCACGCGCAGCGCAAGAGUGGCGCUCACGAGCUCGUCAGCCGCGUCCGGUCCGUCCGUGUCACUCUGGAGAGCUAGUGCGAUCCUCGGCAGUGUUCUGAGACUGCACUGACUGCUCCGGUCACUGCUGGAAAUGCCAUGAGAAUGGACAUAACCGUGAAGAAAUAACUAAAUAAAGGCAUCUGUGAUACAAAAAGAGUUUAAACGAUUUAGUUAUCUUUCGGGAAAGUUUAGUGAAGUCAUUUAUACGCAGGACAAGGUUCUUCAGCAUCAUGACAGCCGAGAGAGAGAAAAAGAGGCACCCUUCAGAAAGGCGUAAGGAGAAGUCUCGUGAUGCGGCGCGCUGCAGGCGCAGUAAAGAGACAGAGGUGUUUUAUGAGCUGGCCCAUCAGCUACCAUUACCCCACAGCAUCAGCUCACACCUGGACAAAGCCUCUAUCAUGAGACUGGCUAUCAGCUUCCUGCGCACACGCAAGCUCUUCAGCUCAGGCCAUACAGUCCAGCAAAUGCGGUCGCAAAAUUUAGGCCAGAUGGACAAUCUGUAUCUGAAGUCUCUGGAAGGCUUUGUGAUUGUGGUCACUUCAGAUGGGGACAUGAUAUUCCUUUCAGAAAAUGUCAGUAAAUUUAUGGGCCUAACGCAGGUGGAACUGACAGGCCACAGCAUCUUCGACUUCACACAUCCUUGCGAUCAUGAAGAAAUCCGAGAAAAUCUCAGCAUCAAAUCAGGGCCUGUGUAUGGCAGAAAAGGGAAAGAAAUGAGUACGAGCAGAGAUUUUUUCAUGAGAAUGAAAUGUACGGUCACUAACAGAGGCCGCACUGUCAACCUCAAAUCAGCCAGCUGGAAGGUUUUGCAUUGCACUGGGCAUUUGCAAGUGUGCAGCAGUCGUCCUCCUCAGAUCCUGUGUGGGUUUUCAGAGCCGCCACUCACAUGCAUCACUAUGCUUUGUGCACCGAUUCCACAUCCAUCUAAUGUCGACACACCUCUUGACAGCAAGACGUUCAUGAGCAGACAUAGUAUGGAUAUGAAGUUCAUUUACUGUGAUGAGAGAGUCAGCAGUCUGAUCGGUUACAGACCCGAGGAACUUCUUGGCCGUUCGGUUUAUGAGUUCUGCCACGCUUUGGAUUCGGAGAACAUGACAAAGAGCCAUCAAAAUCUUUGCAAUAAGGGCCAGGUGGUAAGUGGCCAGUACAGAAUGCUUGCCAAAAAUGGAGGCUACGUUUGGGUGGAGACUCAAGCAACUGUCAUCUACAACAACCGCAACUCCCAACCGCAGUGCAUCAUCUGCAUCAACUACAUCCUGAGCUCUGUGGAGGAGCAGUCCGUCAUCUUCUCCCUAGACCAGACGGAGGCCUUGUUCAAACCCUACCACACCUACGACAUGGGCGAAAUAUUCAGCCAAAACACAUCCAUUUCCGAACCUCAGAACAAUCUCUUCACUACACUUAAGGAGGAGCCUGAGGAGUUAGCGCAGUUAGCGCCUAUGCCAGGAGACGCCAUCAUUGCCUUGGACUUUGAAAGGGCAGAGUUUGAAGAGGCGACAUUCUUCUCCAAGUCCUCCAAGCUCCCUGCGGUGGGCCCGUCCUGGGUUGUGGACACACCUCCUGAUGGCAGUCCUGAGAGAAACCUGUCCAGCCUGCCGUCCUCCUUCACUGUACCCCAGGUGCCUCCAGCAGGCAAAUGCACACCCUGUACGACACCCUGCUUGAGCAGUUGCAGCAGCUGUUCUACACCUAACAGUCCAGUGGAUUGCUGUGGCAGUGGAGAGUGGGAUCUGAAGGUGGAGCUGACAGAGAAGCUCUUUGCCCCUGAAUCUGGAGCAACCAAUCCAACAGACUCCCAGUUGAACCUGAGUGAUCUGGACCUGGAGACUCUCGCUCCAUACAUCCCAAUGGACGGCGAGGACUUCCAGCUGCACCCUAUAUGUCUGGAGGAGCCGGUGCCUGAUGCAGGUCCAGGCCUGAGCGCAGCCGUCCAGCACAGCUUCAGCAGCGUGGCCGACCUCUUCCAGCCCCUAGGUCAAUAUCCACCUUACAUCAAAAACAGACCUAGCACAUGUCCAGACUCAACUCACAUACAACCCUACCAAACCACGCCAAACAUUCCGCUCUCUUCAGAAAAGCAAAGACAGAGUCUUCAUUGGCCCCCUGAUCAACUUUCACAGUAUGAAAACACAAAUGUUGGCUGCAUGGAUGACAGAAACACAGGAGGUCCAGGACAAACGUGCAAUUUCAAUGUUCCACCACCACACCAAAGAUUUUUCGAGAACUUCACCCCAGUACAGAAAGGCAUGAGUUUAGGACAGAGAGCUCUCCUGAACAACUUUAAACGGAAGAGGCAAUCAGAGUUCCCUUUAUCCUGCUCUUUCUCCGAUAUUCCAAAGCAGGUGGUCGCUCCCCACAAGUCUACAGAUGGAAUGCGAAAAAGGAUGAAGCCGAUGAAUGAUGACAGCUGUGCUUUCUCUGUCAGAAAGUCUCUCAGCACGAGUGUCCUCACAGAUAAAUUUCCAUGUAUGCAAAGUGGAUUGGUUGAUCCUCAAGCCUGCAGUCGGUCUGUCAAAGGGUGUCCAGAGGAUCUAAAACAGCACUGCACAGACUCAUUCUGCUCUAACAGUAGCAGACAGUACAACAUGAUGCCAUCACGCAAACACACAGGCAUGAUAAGUCAACUGCUGGCUCCGUCCUUUGACUCAUACUGUCUGCCAGAGCUGACGCGAUAUGACUGUGAGGUAAACAUGCCUCUACAAGGAAACCUGCAUCUGCUUCAAGGCAGUGACCUGCUGAGAGCCCUAGACCAGUCCACAUAAGCUGUCCAUUCACCCUCUUCAUCCAGUCUUUAUGCCUGUAUUAUCAGCCUCAUUUAGACUCAUUUGUACAUUUUCCUUUAAGACGUGUAAUAUUUUAAUAUAUAAAUCUGAUUGUUACUUGUUUCAAAUGUGUUCAGAUGUACCUCAUUAUCUCAGACACUAAUAUUGUAUUGUGCCUUCAGAAGCGAAGUGCUUUUAACAUUUAUGGUCAGAUUUGCUCUUAUAUGAAUAUCCACUAACUAGAACAUGUAAAAUAUAUACAGUUGAAGUCAGAAUUAUUAGCCCCCUUAUAUUUUUCCCCAAUUUCUGUUUAAGAGAAAUAAGAUUUUUUAAACAUAUUUCUAAACAUAAAAGUUUUAAUAACUCAUUUCUAAUAACGGAUUUAUUUUAUCUUUGGCACAAUGAAAGUACAUAAUAUUUUACUAGAUAUUUUUCAAGAUACUAGAAUUCAGCUUAAAGUGACAUUUAAAAGCGUACUUGGUUAUUAGGUUAACUAAGCAAGUUAUGGCAAUUGGGAAAGUCAUUGUAUAACGAUGGUUUGUUCAGUGGUUCCCAAAUUGGGGGUCACAGGACAAUGUAAUGGGGUUGCUUGGUGAUUUCUAAAAGUCAAAUAAUUAAACUGUUAUUAAACUGUUAGAAUAAGCCUACCAUAUUUUAUCCAUAACUCUGACAGAAGUUAAGAAGAUAAAAAUAGUAGUCAAUAGUUACAAAACAUGCCCAUAGCCAGGGGGGUUCUGGUGGUUCAAACGACCCACCCCACAUGGCCAAAACGUCCAGAACUUGUCCUUUUAAUUAUUUUAUGUAAUUUAAAAAUAUGUAUAUUUUAUAAUAACGUGUCAUUUUAAACAACCAUGGCCAGUAAUUCGAAUGCCAAGGAGCCUCAAAGCCACAUUAAUGUGAUGCGAGUCGCCAUUUUAGUGCCACAAAAGCAGGCAGCAGUGUUAUUGUCUGCACUGGUACUGCAAAAAGCAUGCAGAUGAUUCCAGAAGACAAGCUAAUCUAGCACAAAAUAUUUCAUAAAAUGUCACCAAAAUGCUGUAAACUUCUUAAUCAAAUACAAAAUGUGGGGGAAAAAACAAAAAAAGGUCAGCUUAAGAGAAAAAGAACCCCUGAGGUUAAUUAAUAAAUGACUAUAAAAUUA